UUAUAAAAAGAGAUCUGUGUGCGGAGCAAAAAACACACAGGCAAAAUGAAGAUCCUUUUGCUCUUGGGAUUGGUGGCUGUCGCUCUCUGUGAGCCAACCAGAUUUGUGGGCGAUAAAGUCAUCCGCCUGACACCUGCAAAUGACGAGCAAGUGACAACCAUCAAGGAACUGGGACAAAAAGUCAAGGUGGAUUUCUGGAAACCUGACAGUCCUGACCUUGUGACCGUUGGCAUGAAGGUUGACAUUCAUGUUCCUGCAGCCCAGCUUGACAUGGUCUUCACCAUUUUACAGCAGAGUGGCAUGGAAGCUAAGGUCAUGUUUGAAAAUCUUCAGGAUGCUGUGGAGGAUCAGAUGGACAACAAGAGGGUGACGAAAGCCCAUGACUACACAAAGUACCACAACUGGGCGACGAUUAAUGACUGGGCAAUCUCCAUCAGCUCUGCCAAUUCUAACCUGAUCAGCAGGCAGGUGAUCGGGAACACUUAUGAGGGACGCCCCAUGCACCUUCUUACGAUUGGAAAGAAGACAGGCUCUGCUAAGCCAGCUGUCUUCAUGGACUGUGGCUUUCACGCCAGAGAAUGGAUCACUCAUGCUUUCUGUCAGUGGUUCGUAAACGAGGCUGUGUCCACCUAUGGAAGUGAUCCUGAGAUGACCAACCUUCUCGAUAGAAUGGACUUCUUUGUUCUGCCUGUCUUCAACAUUGAUGGCUAUGAAUACACCUGGUCCAAUAACAGGAUGUGGAGAAAGACUCGAUCCAAGAACAGUGGCACCACCUGUAUCGGUACUGACCCCAACAGAAACUUUGAUGCUGGAUGGUGCACCACUGGAGCUUCCAGCAACCCUUGCAGUGAUACCUACUGUGGAAGCAGCCCAGAGUCUGAGAUUGAGUCCAAGAAUUUGGCCAACUUUAUCCGCACCAACAAGUCUAUCAUCAAGGCCUACCUGACUGUCCACUCAUAUUCCCAGCUGCUCCUCUUCCCCUAUUCCUACAAAUAUGGCCUGGCUGCUGACCACUCAGAGCUGCUGAGUGUGUCUCAGGGAGCUAUUGCAGCUUUGCGCACCCUGUACGGAACCAAAUACACUAGCGGCCCUGGUGCUACGACCAUCUACCCGGCUGCUGGUGGCUCUGAUGACUGGGCUUAUGACCUGGGUGUGAAGUAUUCAUACACCUUUGAGCUGCGUGACGAAGGACGCUACGGGUUCCUGCUGCCCGAGUCCCAGAUCAAGCCCACUUGUGAGGAGACCAUGCUGGCUGUCAAAUACAUCGCUAGCUAUGUGCUCAACAACCUGUACUGAGAGGGAACUGUCUGGAAGAAAGCCUUGCGA